AUGGAAGAAUCCACGUCUAACAAAAGGCGUCGUCUAAGUGAGUCGGCUAAAUUUUACAGAAUAUGCUUCCUUUCUCAAAAUAGGAACUUUAUACCUCAGAUACUCCAGUAUUUACAUCCAAAGGAUGUAAUAACACACUGUAUAUUGGUAAAUAAAACUUGGAAGAAGGCUAUACUGGAGUCACAGAUUUGGAAUUUUUAUGAAAGUAAAUACGGAAUAUUGUCCAGGCUGGCAUUUAACCCUAACAAAAUACUCUGCGAAAGACGCUCAAAAGGGAAGUUAUAUGUAGGUCUAUAUCUCGGUUGUAAAGAACAAAUGAAUUAUACAUCACAUUCUAAAACAUCUACCGAACAUAUUAGCAAGAAAACUGUAGAAAGUCAUUCGGAAAUAAAAGAUAGGAGUGUUAAUAUAGGUGCGGAUAAUCUUGAAAAUAGCAAAAAGGUAUGCAUAAGAUGCAUAGAUUUAUCCCUCUGUAAUGCAAAUUCUGAUGAUGGAGUUACAACUUCAUGCCUAAGAGAGUGUGCAUACUUACAAAAAUUAUCACAUCCUAAUAUAAUAAAAUACUACGGAGCCCAAGUGACAGAAAACAAAAUAUACAUUGUUACAGAAUACAUAGAAUGGAAUUUAAACGAAUACAUUAAAUUUGUACACAGGGAAUCUGUUUGUAAAUGUGAGGAUUAUUUUAAAAUACUUAUAUUUCCGAUUUUGAAGGACAUUUUGAAAGCUGUAGAGUAUUUACAUAGCAGGAAUGUAAUGCAUAGAAACAUAAAACCUGAAAAUAUAUUCGUUAUAUUCGAAGAUGUAGAAAAUAAUCUUAGUGGAGAAAUUAAAUAUACUUCUACAAAGAUAGGAGAUAUUUACAUGGGAAGGCUGACUACGUAUGGAAAAGGAUCUUACACUCCAGAAGAGUCUAAGGAAAGGUCAAUGAGUUUUAGAGAAUGCAGAAGAAUGCAAUAUAAAGCACCGGAAAUACUUUUACGUAGCAACAUGUAUGGAAACGAAGUGGAUCUGUGGUCAGUAGGAAAUAUAUUUUACGAACUUGUUUGUAAUAAGAACCUCUUCACUGGCACAAAUGAAAUUAGUUUGGUUUGGAGCAUAUUUAAAACUAUAGGUUUUCCAGGGUAUAUGGAAGUUGAACAUUUACCUGACAACUUGUACGAUAGGUGGUCUUCCAUUACAAGAAAAUGGAACAAAAUUGAGCGUGAAGAUGUAGUCAAAGCAUUAAAUAACAUAGGAUAUGAAGAUGAAAUGUUAAACUACUAUUCUAAAUCUGGUCAACGAGAAUCAUUUGAAAAUUUGUUGCUAUUUUGCAGGAAUAUUGGCACAACUGGGUUAUAUAUUUUGUAUGGACUCUUAAAUAUGAACGGAAGUUCAAGGCUAUCUGCAGAAUAUAUACUUAAAAAUGAAUAUUUUUUGGAAAUAGGUAAAGGUGAAUGCAGCUGCUUUGUUGAUAGUAUGCAACCCAGACAAAAUACAACAAGCAAUUUCAUAAAUAAGUGUCUGAAUUAUCAUCAGUCUGAUCAGCUUCUAAUGAAUCUUGACAUAGUAAAAAACGUUUAUGGACUUAAGUAUUCCAAUCCUGCAGAUACAGAAAUAUACAAUCUGAGAAGAUAUAUGAUACCGAUGAAAGAUUUUAAUAUUUCACUAAAAGAUUACAGGGGAUUCAUAGUACACUGGUAUUUAGUUGUAAAAAAAGCUUUUCAACUCUCUAACGAAACUAUUCAUUUUGCCAUAGGUUAUUUUCUGAAGUAUAUCCACAAGGAAUACAAGAACAACGAAUCAGAAAUUUUUAUUGAAAUUAGCGUAAUAUAUCAUAUUUAUAUAUCAUGCUUGAAAAUAGCGGAUAGAUUUAAUGAGAAAUCUCAAGAAUACUACAAGACCAAUGAUGCAGAUGAAUAUGCUGAUUUUGCCAAUAAAACAUUGAAUAUGCUCCCACACAUUAAAGCAAUAUAUCAAGAACAUUACAAUACUAAAGCACACGGAAUCUAUGAGGUACAUAAAAAUAAAAUCAUUGAAACGGAGAAGAGAAUACUAACUAUUCUCAACUAUGACCUUUCAAUUUUGACUCUGCACUUUUAUGUCCAUGACUAUGGUAAAAGUAUGAAAAUAUGUCCAGAAUCCUGUAUGUUUAAGGAUGUAGUAUUUUUAAGCAACAUUUGCAUACAUUUUUCUGAGCUUGAUCAAUUUUCAGAUUCGCUCAAGGCAAAAGUUAUAUGGCUUAUUUCCCUGUAUAGACACUUAUCUGCUGGCUAUAAAAGUGAAUAUAUGGAAAGUAUCGUAGAUUCCACGAGACAGAAUAAUUUAACAGAUAAAAAUUUCAAAUCGCAAGCUUUGAUUCCGCAAGCACAAAAUUCUGAUUUUACAAAAAAGGUGCGAGCUUUGUGUAUGACUAAUCCCUCACCGUAUAAAUCAAAAGUCUAUGAAGAUAAUUUGAGCUUAAUAGAGAUCCAGAAUUCUUUAUAUGAUAUCUCUGAUCUCAUAAUUUCUGAGGUGACAUGCAUUAUGAAAAAACUAGAUGAAAAUGAGGCUAUUCCUGCAAAGGACAGCUUAUGGGACAUAACAAAAUGCAUAGCAUAUAUAGAGCAUUUUUCCACCUAUGAGUAUGAAAAAUUACUUAUGAAUGGAUAUUUAAGCAUGUCUUCUUCAAAUUCUGGUUGCCAUCAUCUGGGAAAUAGAUACGGAAUAAGCAUACCUACGAAAGCUGCCAUUGUUCUUUUGGACAAAUCGUUUCAUGAACACGCUAUUAAACUAGGUAACCAGUCUUGCAAACAAUUUGUGCAACUUAAGGUGUAA